GUUUUCAACGUCAGAAAAGUUCAUUCGACAGCAGUCCUUAACUCUUCGUCUCGCAGAAAGCCAGCAUUUCAAUGCAGGCUUUGCAGAGAGGAAGAGCUCAGUGGGUUGUUCCUCUUUCCAAGGUCGGCUUUACGUGCGCCUCAAGUCUGGCUUUUGGUGUGCAGCGCAGUCGCAGACAGCAUGAUAAGAAGCGAAAGUGUUCCUCCUGUGGCACACAGAUGGGUGGAGGUUGGUGUGAGGUGGAGCAGCUCCCACUGUAACCAUGGCAUGGAAAAAGGCAGGCAAGCAAGCCAUGGCCUUGGCCGUAGGCGUUACACAAAAGCAGUACCAAAACAGCUGGCUAUGUGCAAACGACACGAUGCCUGCACCAAUCACUGCUUCUUGUCUGAAUGCAGCAACACAGGGAGAGAGAGAGAGAGAGAGAGAGCGAGAGAGAGGAAGGGACUUGUCGUCUCCUCUGUCCGUCCUCCCACAUCCCCUGUUUUUUUGUUGGAAGAAGCAUCACCCUUCAUCAUAGUCUCUGCCACCAAACGGAUUUAGUGAAGGUUGAUGUGACCGCAGGGGCCUUCGUCUUGGACAAAUGCCAUGGACCGUCCGCCCAGCGGACACUGCUGAGUUGGGCAGUCUCGGUCUCUUGUCUCUGUUUCUUCAGCAGAGGAGAGUUGAGCUGUAAUGACUGUUCCUGGCACGGUUGCUUUGAAUUUGAGCUGAAGCGUUCCAGACGCGGAUUUAGGUAAGUUGUUAUUGGUUGGAUGUGUAAGAAGUAGAACGAGUGGCAGUGAUCUGAAGCUGCCAUGGGCCACUGGGUGGCAAGGCUGUCUCAAUUCUGGAAUCAGCUUUAUUCAGCUACAACGAGCAGCAGCUUCACAUGGACUUCGGGAACGCCUCCCUCCCUCCCUCCUCAGAGUACUCGCGUCGAGACCAAGCUUACAAGACAACUGUAUGACAUGGACAACCCUUGACGGCACAUAUACCUAUGAGGUACAUAGCCAUGAUUAAGAGAGAGUCUAGCUACACAUUGUACUGGGGGAUCUGCUGCUGCUCUGCAUCCCGCCGGAUAACUGGGUCUCGGCGAGCAUAAUCCCCCCGAAGCGGGCAGAAGAGAUUCUUUGCUGCGUGGAGACAAACCAGUCCUGAUCAAAGAAUACACUAAUGGCGAGCAGGUAAGAAGACGAUAACGAUAAUUGCGGGAGUCCACGAAUUCAUGUGAGUUGUUGUUGUACAAGUGGUCCAUCCCAGGAAAUUAUAGUAACUCGGAACAGCUUUUAGUGGGAUGGAGGGGGUGGGGAAGAGUGAGAGCCCGGUUGCUGGGAGUGGUCUUGUAAUCUAGCAUGGAUUCCAUCUCCUUUUCUUGUUCCCAUGCAACUCGACUCUUGUUAGGGUGAGGGAGAAGGAAUCAUGUACAUGUCAUAUAAAUAGCAGCGAGAGUGCGGUGGAGGUGGAGGUGGAGGUGGAGAUGGAGAUGGAGGUCUGGCUUUCCUUGUGGGCGGUCGGCGUCUGCGGCUUGCUUCUGAUCUACUUCUACUCCGUCGCUUGGCUGCGGCCGGAGAGCAUCCGAAACAAGCUGCGGCAGCAAGGCAUCACCGGCCCUCCGUCGUCCUUCCUCUACGGGAACUCGCUCGAGAUGAAGAAGCUCGUCAUGGCGGAGCGAUCUCGAGGCGGGCGAGGCGUGGAGAUAAAGCACGACUACACCCCCCUCGUGUUUCCUUACUUCGAGCGGUGGAGGAAACACUACGGUCCAGUGUUCUCGUAUUCGAUGGGCAAUGUAGUCGCCUUGCACGUGAGCCAUCCGGAUCUGGUGAAGGAAAUCAGCCUCUGUUCAUCUCUGGACCUGGGAAAGGCCACCUACUUGAAGAAGACCCAUGAGCCUCUGUUCGGUGAAGGCAUUCUGAAAUCCAAUGGGGUGUCUUGGUCUCACCAAAGGAAGAUUAUAGCGCCCGAGUUCUUCUCCGACAAGGUUAAGGGCAUGGUGGAUUUGAUGGUGGACUCUGCCGUCCCUGUGCUGAAGUCGUGGGAGGAAACAGUGGAGCUCGGAGGAGGAACUGCAGAAAUAAAGGUUGAUGAGGAUUUAAGGUGCUACUCUGCAGAUGUGAUCUCCAGAACAUGUUUCGGGAGCAACUACAUCAGGGGGAAAGAGAUCUUUCAGAAGCUGAGAGCGCUGCAAAAGGCUGUUUCAAGACCCAAUCUCUUCGCUGAAAUCACCGGAUUAAGAUGUCUUCCCACGAAAAGAGGCCGAGAGGUGAGGAGGCUGAACAAGGAAGUGAAUUCCCUCAUCCUGAAGACGGUGAAGGAGGAGGGCGAGGGAAGGGAGAACCGCACGUCGCAGCACAGCCUGCUGCAUGCCAUCCUCCGCAGCGCCAACAACAGCCUCACCUACACCCACGCCUCCGACAGCUUCAUAGUGGACAACUGCAAGAACAUAUACUUCGCCGGCCACGAGGCCACUGCCGUGGCCACGACGUGGUGCCUCAUGUUGCUCGCCCUGCACCCGGAGUGGCAAGCUCGCGCUCGCGCCGAGGCGGCGGAGGUCUGCGGCGGCCGGUCGCUGGACGCCCACGCACUCCAAAAGAUGAAGACGUUAACCAUGGUGAUCCAGGAGACGCUGCGGCUGUACCCUCCCGGAGCUUUCGUGGCGAGAGAGGCACUGCAGGAGAUGGAGUUUGGGGGGAUUCACAUCCCCAAAGGCGUCAACAUCUACGUGCCCGUCUCCACCUUGCACCACGACGCCACCAUCUGGGGUGCAGACGUGCUGGAGUUCAAGCCCGAGAGGUUCGCCCGGGGCAUCAUGGGGGCGUGUCAGCUCCCACAGACGUACUUGCCCUUCGGGGCCGGGCCACGGACGUGUCUGGGCCAGAACUUCGCCAUGAUCGAGUUGAAGGUCAUCCUCUCCCUCAUCCUCCUUAGGUUCAGCUUCUCAUUGUCACCGAACUACUUCCACUCCCCAUCCUUGAGGUUGAUUGUAGAGCCUGAGUUCGGAGUGAAGCUCAUGGUGAAGAAGGCAUGACAUGAUGACUCGCCUAACCUGAUUAUAUAUAUAUAUAUAUAUUUCAAUCAAAAUAUACUUGUUUUA